AUGCACUCUCGUUCUAUGCUCCUCACGGUGGCUGCCGCCUCCAUCACCCUCGUUAAUGCCGACCCCCCCUUCGAAGUUCCCAGCAAUGCUCCUAUCUGUUACUCAUAUGGUGUCGACUUUGUCGAUGAAGGAAGUUACUUCAUUGACUCAACGUCUACCGAAGCCUUCAGUGCUGUGUCUUACUUCCAAGGUUGUAACAAGGAUGGCGAGGCCGAUGUCAUGCUCAUCGCACCUGAUGAACAGCCUGGAGAAACAGAGUUCAUAUGCGACCAAAUCCCUACUACCCCUGACAAUGAGAACGAACUGUCGAAAUGUCCUAUCACAAAGAACCAGAUGACCUCAGGGCACUGGCUACUUCUAGUCAUGGGAGACAACGGCGAAAACGCCGAUGGUACUCUUGGUCAACCUUUCGCAUGGCAAAGAGAUCUCUACUUGACUGUCGGUACAAAGGUCACAACCACCUACACUCCAACAGUGACAGCACCUAUGACUGAGACGCCUACAAUGACUCAAACUAUUACCACCACUUCGACUGAUGUUGUCACUGCUGGACCAACCUCGACUGUCACCGUACCCAGUGGCACGGCCAAGAAGAUCAAGACAAUCAGGCCCAAGGCAGUCACCACGACUUCUACGAAGACUAUGACCCGCACCAAGCUCUCCUGGACCAAGCACUUCGGUGUCACUACUAAGACUGUCCAAGCCACCUGCACUACUCCGGCUCAUGUUGGCAAGCCUGACAAGCCUUGCGAGUACUCGCCCACCAAGAUCCACCCCGCGGCUAUGGUGACACCCACUAUCAUCCCCAAGUUUCACCGCUUUGUUCGCAAGGGCGACCGCGAAGUCGACUACGAAUGGGCGCGCGCUCGUGUUGAAGCCGCAAAGCAGAGGCGCGCGGAGAAGGCUGGAAAACUUGAGCGCCGUGCCCCUGACGCUCCCACGACGACUGUCACUUACGGGACUCCAGUCUCAGUGAUUACUACUAUGACUGCGCCGGCGAUAACCACGACUGAAACUGUCCUGCUCACAGCUUCUGCUACGACAACCCUCCCACCUCCCACAGUCCUCUCCGGACUUCUCACUUUGACCACUACGCUGCCUACUCCGACAAAAACCAAGCUCAAACUCGCCUUUGCCACCACGACCAAGGUCAUCACUUUCGGCGCCACAUUUACUAAGACAACGACAGUGACUCCUACUGCGUCAGUGAGUGCCUGCAAGAAGCACGGUGGACAUUUCUGGCGGCCCUAG